AUGGCUACAAUUGCUAAAGAAUGUGGAAAUAUGUUCCAGUUAUUGCAAGUGCAUUCAGCUAAAACUUCUGAAGGACUAGUAAUAUGUUUACCCCGUAGACAAGCUGCUGCCUAUAUGAAAGAUAUGGAGAAACAAGAAGAUUAUCAAGCAUGGAUUAUUGGUAUUGUUGGGAAAGGCAACAGAACUGCUCGUAACAUUGAUAAACCUCGAGUUAUCGAGGUUCCAGCUAAAUAG